GUAGAGUGGUGCUCGGGGUUGUUGACCGAAAUUUGUCAACUUUUGAAUGAUUUCCUCACUAAACCAUUGACUUUCGAAUGUUUUUUCCAACACUUAUAAAAUAUCUGAGGCCUCCUAAAACCCCUUCAAAAUUUAAUUUUGUGAACACCCUUCCGAAUAAUGAACUUAAAUCUAAAAAUUGACACCUUGUCAACCCCCACGACAAUGAAUUAGUUUCGAUUUUCCCAACAUCAUCCAAAAUUUCUGUAACAAAAUGGCCUCCUUCUUUUACAAUUAUUCUGAAUCCGAUGACGAUGACCCUGGCUUGAGAUGGCACCCUGGAAGAUUAUUAGAACUACUUGGGUACCUCGCCAUGGAAAUAUACGAGGAAAUCCAUGACCUGGAGCAGUUCUUCAUCAAACUGUACCACGUUUACGGGUUCGUAUGUCAGGUCAACUUCUACCUCCUGUGCUACUCCCUGUUCUACGAUAGGACCCGACUGCUGCCCCUAAGGGCCGAAAAAAUCGACGAGCCCUUCGUGGUCGCCCUGACCACCAUUUUGUUCUACUCGGUUUUCGCUUAUUUCGCCACCAGGGCUCGAGAUAUUUACACGGGGAAUAGAGCGAGAACCAUAUCCGCCAUCUCUCCGUCCUUUUUCAACUAUUUUAAGUGGUUCUGCAGGAUUUUCUUGGAGUGGGCCAAAGCUGUCGUGGUGAUCCUCUGCCUGAGGGAGGAGGGCAUCAAUUACCAGCCCUCUUUGAUUUACAGUCUGAUCACUUUCAUUUAUUUUCUGUGCACUGAAAAGUGCCUCUUGGAAAUCGUCUCUCAGCUGAUUGGGGUGCUUGGCCUGGACCACUUGGAGCAUCUCUAUGUCCCUCUAGGGAUGAACGUGUUGGCUAUAACGAUGGGCGUGGCCGUUGGCGGAUUCAAUUGUUAUUUAAAUUCUUCUCCUUAUCAGCUGUUGCCUUUUUAUUUCAUGGUGUAUUUGAGGGUGAAGGACGCGUAUUUCAAUUGUUGGAUUAAUUUGGAGAAGGAGAAGCGAAUGUACUCGCAGUUCCAGGUGGCCACUAAUGAAGAUAUCGAUAAUUGGGAUGACAUUUGUGCAGUUUGUCUCAACAGAAUGUCGCAUGCCCGGAUUACGCCCUGCAGGCAUUUGUUCCACCCCAACUGUUUGAAACAAUGCAUCAGAAACUCUCCCUAUUGUCCUUUAUGUAAACAACAUUUUUUGGCGGGAAAUAAAUAAAUAAUUGUGUUUUU